UAAGGAGUCGAAUCGACCACCAACUCAGUCAACAUCUGAUUUUGUCAGAUUUUUCACAAAUACACGUUAAUUCUUAAAAGACAACACACCUUGAGCGCAUAUGUACUUAAAAUGUGUUGUGUAGGUCUGACUCAAAAUCGACUCAGAGUCGACUGGAACAUUUAUGGUGUUUAAUAGAAUAUUUUAACAGCCAUUUGAAUCUGAUUCAUUCUCCGAUUGACGACAAAAAAAAAAAAAACGGAUUGACCAAUCGCAGAAGAGAUUACUGCAAAACGCUUUAUGAUGUUCGUUUUGGAUUGGUGGGUUUUGCGGUACACUUUGCAAUAUUAGGAAGUACUACAUGGGCACGCGCGUGAUGAAGCUAAAUAGCUUAAAUAGCUAAAGUGUCAUGUCUCAGCCAGCAGAAUUACAGCUGCACCAAGAAGUUAGAAAAUGCUUUGAGAGUGUUAAGGCGAAUCAGGCUGUUUGGAAGGAGGUGCUUGAAGAAUGUACACCUUUAGUGAGUUCCUUGGGGAACCUUAUAGAACAGCUGAGGGCGCUGAAGAACGUUGAAAUAGCAAAUACACCUCUCAAUGCUUUUCCAAACCUCCCAGAGCGCCUACAGUACAAACUCCUCAAUGCUGUAGAUACAGUCCUGAGGGAAUUAAGUACGAAAGUGGAUGCUCUUGGCUCAGUACAAGAUUCAGUCUGUAAGCAGGUGUCUGCAGUUUUCAGGAUUUAUGAGCACAACUCCGACGUCCUUCCUAUCAGCACAUGUGUGGCCAGAUCUGCUCUGUCACCAUCAAUCGCUGACAUGCUGGAGUGGCUGCAGGAUGCGGAACGAUUCUAUCGGAUCCAAUACAUCCAGAGGAGGAACCUGCUCCAGGAGCUGAAGCCUGGCGAUCUUGCUCUUAUAGAGACAGUACAAAAGAGAUGGACAUCUUUAUAUUCACAUAAAGGAGAGGAACAAAUUUCAGAUGCACUCUUUCAAGUGUCCUUCUUCAUAGACUCUGAGUAAGCAAUGCUUCAAUCUGUGGAUUUCUUCUCUUCCUCAGAUAUAUAAUCCACUGUCGCUCUGAGUCAUAAUUACUGGAUAGAAACUCUGUAACCCAAGUUGGUGUAUAGUGUCUGGAGCUUAUCCUCUCCUAUUACAACCGUUGCGUGAACUUGCUCUUUGUAGUUUACAGGAAUCUGUAAACUACAAAGUACUUUUUCUUGUGAAAACUUCACGGGAGCAUCACAGCAUCCUCAGUCAAUAUUGUAUUUCUAGAAGUACACAGUGAUGAUUGAGGAUUUCUUUUCAUCCGUAUUUACAGCUGUAAUGAUUUUUUGAUGUUGUGGACUUUGAUACUAUAAUACUUUUUAAUCCCAUCAUAUAUAUACUUUAUUUUCAUGUAAUCAACACACACUUUUCAAUGUUUUUAAUGAAUGAAUUAAAAAAUACUUUAUUCAAUUAACCAGUUAUCAUCUGA